AUGAACGACGAGCUAAUAAACAGCGCGGUGGCGUUUUUGCAGGAUCCGAAUGUUGCUUCUUCUCCGUUGACCAAAAAGAUUGAGUUUUUGGAGUCGAAGGGGUUGAAUCAGCAGGAGAUUGAAGAGGCCUUGAACAGGGCCAAGGGCGAAUCAAGUUCAAGCUCAAGUUCUUCCUCGACAAUCACCCCGACCAAUUCAAAUACUCGCUCCUCGUCGAAUUACCACUCAUCACAGCAGCAGAAUGCGCCUUUGGACUAUUACAAUGUUGCUCCUCCGUUACCGGAAAGAUCAUGGAAGGAUUAUUUCAUAAUGGCCACGGCAACUGCUGGAGUCACCUACGGGUUGUACCUGGUGAUUACUCGUUAUUUGGUGCCUGCAAUCAUACCACCAGCGCAGUCGGCAAUUGAGCAGGAUAAAGAAGUCAUUAAUGAGGAGUUUAUCAAGAUUGACAAGAUCCUUGAACAGUUGACUAAAGAACAAGAGGAAAUCAAGGCUCUGAACGAGGAGAAGUUGAAAGAUGUCGAUACCGUGAUUGAAAAUAUCAACGAUUUCCUUACAAAGUACAACAAGGACAAGCUUAAAUUUGAUGACGAUUUGAGGUUUAUGAAGUUGGAGACUGAUAAAUUGAGUCUUUCCGUCGACAAGAGCAUGAAGUUUUACAAGGAAAACGUCCAUGAACAGUUGGAGGAGUUGAGUGAUGAGUUGCAGAGUUUGAAGAACUUGAUCAAGUCGAGAAGUGAAGUUGCCAACAGCAAUGGCGGAGGAGGCGCUACGGGAGCGAGAAAUAUUGCUCCCGUUUCGUCGAUUCCAUCCGCUAGUGACAUUUUGAAGAAAUCUAGAGCUAAAAUGGAGACACCAGCCAAGGACUCGGCGUCAAAAUCAACACCAACAUCUGCAGCUGCAGCUGCAGCUACUGAAGCUGAAACAAGGCCAGCGAAUGGCCGCACGAGAAGCAGUGAUGUCACAGAAGCAGGCUUGACGGCAGCCGGUAUUCCAACAUGGCAAAUGAAGCACAAGCAAGAAGAAGACGUGCCCAAGAACGAGUCUUCUUCAGCUAAUGACAAUAGCAACGUUGGCAUACCUGCUUGGCAGCAAGCUAGUCAAUCGACAGCGGCCAACACCGAGGAGGAAGUGAAGGAAAAAAUCAAAAGUGCUGGCAUACCGCCAUGGCAGUUGAACAGCGGUGCCAACAAGAGCGACAACAGUGGCAGCGGCAAUGCUAGCGCAAGCGACGAUAAGAAGUCAUCCGGCAUACCUUCAUGGCAAACUGCAGCUUCAUCGUCAAGUAGUUAG